AAAGUGCUGCCAUUCGCAAAUUGAACGUCAACGGGUCCACAUCUGCAUCCAAGGGACAAAUACCACCGUUGGAGGAGUUUUACAAGCAAAUACCUGAAGAUCAAAAUUUGUUGCGUCCGGAGAAGCAGCUUCCUCAGCUGCAUCAAAAUCACGAAGAAUCGAACGCAAACCCUACACAAGGAGAAUCAAAUCCCGAUAAUACAAAAUCAGGCGCUGCAGUCGUUACGAACACAGAAAACGGCAAAAUGGUGGCCGAUCAAAACGGUUUGAAUGAUGGUGCCGAUGAACAAAUGCUAAAUGGUGCUGAAGAUAACGAUAAAUUAGCGGACAAACGAGAGGAAGUUAAGUUUAUCAAAGGGGGCGAUCAUCAAAAUGGCGAUGCGAAAAUUGAUAUUGGUGGCGUUAAUGGAAAGGCUUUCACUGGCAUGACUAAGGAAGAACUCAUGAAAUAUGCUAACGAUCCAUUUUGGGUGCGUUUACGUUGGAUUUUUUUCAUUGGCUUCUGGGCUAUUUGGGCAGCUAUGUUAAUCUGUGCUAUCCUUAUCAUUGUCGAUGCUCCCAAAUGUGCCGCACCUGAACCUCUGCAAUGGUAUAAACGUGGCCUUCUAGCAAAAUUCGAUGCAUUCGAAGCAAGUGCCAGCAAUAUUGAGAGUGCAAAGCGAGUCGAAGCUUCCGGUGUAAUCUAUGAACUCCCCCCAGCUUUGACUUAUUUAGUACGGGAACCGGCAGUUGAAGAAAAGAUCAAAGACAUUGUGGCUAAUUAUAAAAAGUUGGAUAUUAAUGUCAUACUGGAUGUAACACCAAAUUAUGUUCCUCGUAACUCAACUCUUUUAAAUGAGGCAUUACAAGACAAAUCGAAACGCUCAGCGUUCAUAUGGAAGGAGGAUUCAAAAGAGCCGAGCAAUUGGCGUUCCCUUCAGAACGGUUCCGCUUGGGAUCAAAUAAAACCGGGCAGCUAUUUACUCUCCCAAUUUGGUGUAGGUCAAUAUGAUUUACAAAUGAAUGACAGCCUUGUUAAAAGUGAAUUCGAAAGCGUAUUGAAAUAUUUGCUCUCCUUGGGUGUUAAGGGAUUCCGUUUGAAGAAUACAAAAUUCUUUUUACUGACCGACAAUACACCAGAUGAAGGUCCUGCUUCAGAAGGAAAUUUCGUGCAUAAUGAGUACGGUUUUUGGACACAUACCCAUAGCACGUUCCAAGAAGGUCUCGGAGAUUUGUUGUAUGAAUUUAAAAUGUUUGUUAAGAACAUUUCUGCAGAUGCGUUCCUAUCUGUAGCAGACGAUAUUUUACGUCCAGAUGUUUAUCGUACUAAAAACGGGGAAUGGGGUAUCGAUAUGCCUAUAUACGGACCACUUGUGCAUUCACUAAGCGCAUCCUCAAGUGGACGAAAACUUCAAGGCGAAUUUGAAAAUAUCAUAAAUGCUGUGGGCAAUGACACUUGGCUACAGUGGAACUUUGCCGAGCCCUUAUCGGAUGUAAACAAUACCACCGAUCCCACAGCAAUCGCGCUGUUUGUAUCUUUAUUACCUGGUGUACCCGUCGUGGGAAUGACAAACUCUUCACUUUUUAAGGAAAUGCAGGAGCAUGUUUUUACAGAAAUUAAGCAGUUGCGAUUGUCCCCAUCAUAUAUGCAUGGAGAGUAUCAUGUUUAUGACACGGAAGGAUUAUUUGCCUAUACCAGAAUAAAAUCUGGAAAUCCGGGCUAUUUUGUUGCCUUCAAUCCAUCAAACAAUACAGUCAAGGGCGGUUUUAACCAUACUUCAUUGCCGGACAAAAUGUCUGUCUAUGCUCUAAGUGACAACUACAAUAUAUCAAAUGUUGUAGUGAAGUCUAAGGUGCAAACCGAUUCUUUGGAAAUAUCCCCUGGUGCUACAAUUAUACUUACAUAUGUGCCUGUAAAAUCCGGUUAAAUAUAAUAUAUUGUGAGGGUCCACCUUUAAAAGUUUGUGACAAUUUUGUGUCUGCGAAAAAUAUACAAUCGCCAUAAGCGCAAGCUGUUAAUCCAUCUUAAAAUUAAAGUUAUCAUGAGUUUAGUAAUGUAUUUGGAAAGUUUAAUAAAAACUUCAAAAUUGAGAGCAUUGCAAAAAGUAA